AACAUUAGAUUAGUCAAAUCUCUUAUCUGCAAUUAAAUUUUAUAUAAAAAAUGGCUAAAAAUACAUCUAGUUCUGCAUUUCGAAAAAUAGAUGUAGAUCAAUAUAAUGAAGACAAUUUUAAGGAAGAAGAACCAGAGUCAGCACAAAUAGGACCUGAUGAAAAUGAAAUUAAUACAUUUCUUAACCAGGGAAGGAAUAUUGAUGCAUUAAAAAGUGUUCUUCAAAAUGCACCCUUAGGUUGCAAAAGUCAACAAGUUAAAGAUGCCGCCUUAAAUUUAACAUUAAGAGUUCUUCUAUCUAUCAAAUCUUCACAAAUUGAGGAAGCCGUUUCUGCAUUAGAUAUAGCAUUAAUAGAUAUUUUAAUGAAAUAUGUAUAUAGAGGUUUUGAAAUACCAUCAGAAGGAUCAAGUGGACAUUUAUUACAAUGGCAUGAAAGGGCAUAUGCAAUUGGCGGAGUAGGAAGCAUUAUAAGAGUACUUUCUGAUACAAAAGAGCAUAAAUAA